CAGACGAAAAAUAAAAAUAAAAAUUAAAGGAAAACUCGCGAAUCGGGUAACCAAAUCGAUCCCGCCCCGAAAACUCGCUAACAAAAUGCAGAGGCUCUCAUCGUCGCCGCUCCGAGCUGCGGCGGCGCUCCUCCACAAGCGGCGUCGGUGUCCGCAGAGCGCAAGCGCCGCCCCGUUCUCCACCUCCCUCCUCUUCGACGAUACCCAGAAGCAGUUCAAAGAGAGUGUUCAUCAGUUCGCGCGAGAAAGCAUUGCUCCCCAUGCAGCAAAAAUUGAUGCAACAAAUCAAUUCCCAAAGGAUGUUAACUUGUGGAAGCUCAUGGGAGAUUUCAAUCUCCACGGGAUCACCGCGCCAGAGGAAUAUGGAGGGCUCGGUCUCGGCUACUCAUACCACUGUAUAGCAAUGGAGGAAAUUAGUCGUGCUUCUGGAUCAGUCGGCCUUUCUUACGGCGCCCAUUCGAACCUUUGCAUCAACCAAUUGGUGCGGCAUGGGAGCUCUGCGCAAAAACAGAAGUACCUUCCGAAGCUAAUCAGUGGGGAGCAUGUAGGGGCACUAGCAAUGAGUGAACCUAAUGCUGGUUCUGAUGUCGUCAGUAUGAAAUGCAAAGCUGAUAAAGUUGAUGGCGGUUAUGUUCUGAACGGUAAUAAGAUGUGGUGCACUAAUGGCCCGGUGGCUCAAACAUUGGUUGUUUAUGCAAAGACAGAUAUAUCUGCUGGGUCCAAAGGAAUAACUGCAUUUAUAAUUGAGAAAGGGAUGCCGGGAUUCAGUACUGCCCAGAAAUUGGACAAACUUGGUAUGCGAGGGAGCGACACAUGCGAGCUUGUGUUUGAGAAUUGUUUCGUACCUGAAGAAAACAUACUUGGUCAGGAAGGGAAAGGAGUUUAUGUCAUGAUGUCGGGGUUAGAUUUGGAGAGGCUCGUUUUGGCUGCAGGCCCCAUCGGCCUCAUGCAGUCAUGCCUUGAUGUUGCUGUUCCCUAUGUUCGCCAGAGAGAACAGUUUGGCCGUCCAAUUGGUGAAUUUCAGUUCAUACAGGGAAAAUUGGCUGAUAUGUACACUGCCUUGCAGUCAUCAAGAGCAUUCGUGUACUCUGUUGCUCGGGAAUGUGACAGUGGAAAUGUCAACUCGAAGGAUUGCGCAGGAGUUAUCCUUUUUGCUGCUGAAAACGCUACUCAAGUGGCUCUUCAGGCAAUACAAUGCCUUGGUGGCAAUGGGUACGUUAACGAGUACCCAACUGGUCGCCUUCUGAGAGAUGCUAAACUAUUCGAGAUUGGUGCGGGCAGUAGUGAGAUACGAAGAAUGAUCAUCGGCCGUGCGCUCUUCAAAGAAGAAUGAUGGAAAAAAACAGUGCCUGGAGGUGAUGAUGAUAAAUUAUCAUGAGAACCUCCAUGGGGAUUAGAUUUUGAUGGAACUACAGGAUACAAACGCUUGAUUUUACUCCUCAUAUUGUUCCAUCUGAACAACCUGUAUUUGCACUUUCAAGAGCUCCCUCUCAAUACACAAUAAAAUAACUAACUUUGAUCCAUACGCAUUUGCAUGCUACAGUACACAGGUGGAUAUUGUACAAAUUCUAUGGAAAUGAAGCCGUUGAGCAAGCAUUUAUUGGCUA